UAUUACGUUAUAUAACGUUAGAAUUAAUGAACUAAAAGGGAGUUUUGAACGUAGAAGUUAUUCAAUAUUCAUCAGUCGAGCACUUUUUGACAAUAUAUACAUACCAUAAAUAUCUAGAUAAGUUAAUACAAAAUGUCAGUAAACGUCAAGGAAAAAUACAGCCGCUGUAUACAAUUGUCAAAUAAAAGCCUUUGCAAUUUUAUUCUUGUACUUGUACUGCAUUAGUUUUUGUAAUUACCUGUUGUGACAAAUAUUUUGUGUGCAAAUAGUUUUUAAAAAUUUGAUUUAAAAAUGAAUAAUAGAGAUAAAGACAAGAUAGAUGAAAUAUUCAAAGCAUGCGAAAAAGCUGCUGAUGAUGUUUUAACACAAAAGGGACAAAUUAUUGCAUUGAGCAAAAAGGAGGAGGAUGUGCGUGUAGCAAUACGUGAAAUAACAAAGAGUACAGAUAAAAAAGUUUGGAUCACAAUUGGCAGUAUGUUGGUGAAAAUUCAGCGGGAAAAAGCUCUAGAAUUGCUAAAAAAAGAUAAACAAGAAAUUCAGAAAAAUAUUUCAAUACUGAGGUCAGAGCAAAAGGUAUCCGUAAAUGAAUUGCGGGACUACGAGUUUUUGAAGGAAUAUCCCGGUAGUAAUAUAAGACCAAUGGAUUCAAGAACAAUGUCCACUUUAAAAAAUCAACUGCACUUGUAAUAUAAUAAUAAUAAUACAAUAUUUUAUAAUAUAACAAU